CUUAUACUUAUACUUAUACUUAUACAGUAGCAAUUUUAAUUGCUACAAGAAAACAUCUGACGUUGAGAAACAAAGUUUUUUCUGUUGAUUUAAAAAUGGAUUCAUUUCGAGAACGAAGUAAAAUGCUGCUGAAUCACAAGAGACUAAAGCGAAUGCCAAUUAAUUUACGCAAGAAAGCAAUUAGAGAGGCACGGAACUUGGCAGGAAUGCAACAGCAAGAAAAAAGUCGUAAAAGGCAACCAAAAUCAACGUCAACUCCAGCUCGCUUACAAAACGACUUUGAACGUGCUGAGCAUAAUGCAAUGCUUUCCGCAAGCUCACAGGAGUUGCAACGUAUUCUGUCGGAGUUCGAGGAGCUGGCUGAUGUACCCUACGAUGCAACACCGGCUGAACUUUUGGGUCUGAUUGCCCAAGCGGAAAACCGAGCCACAACCAUCUACGUGCAACGCGACGGCCUUAGCACCCUCAAGAUCAUGCUCCAUCAGCGCUCUCCGAGCGUUGCCCAACUGAAAAAAGCAAUCGCUACAAUCUCGUGUGCUCAGCUGAAACGAAGACAACGCGAGCGACGUCGGGCAGCAGACGAAGUCAACGCUGGUCGUACCGAAGACGCGAGCCGACAACAAGUUGUGGGAUCUGCUGGAGCUAAAGUUUUGCCUCGCUCCAGCGGCGAGUUAGUUAAUUCGGCGCUGCGCAACGGGCACGAACAUCGCGCGCUUGUCUCUUGGCGUUUUUUAUGGCGUUGCUUUGCACUGUUCAACGUGGAUACCAAUCAGCCGAUCGAUGACAACGUUGACAACGGGCGCGCGACACUAACGGCACUGGGCAUUGAGAACGGGGCCACUUUGAAGUUUGUGCAUCGUGUCAAGUAUUUCGGUCGCAAGCGGCAGAGCUAAGAACAAUUAUAAUACU